AUAGGUGAUGUACUCAGGAGCAGCAACAGGUGAUGUACUACAACAUACUCAUCAUCAUCAUCCACCUCGUGUACGGCCUAGUUGUGAUGCUUGGGUUAGUCACGUUUUCCCUGUGGCCCCAUGGAUUGCAAACGGGUGUAGUGAAUAUGAGUUGGAUUGCAACACAGGCCGAAUCCAAGUGACAAGAAGUAAGCUGAUUGAGUUCCUGGUGAAUUUGCAGCAUGAAAUUCAUCCUAGUAAUCCCAGAUUCACGAGUUUCCACCUAAAUUUCCUUGUGGCUCUGUACUGUAAUUGUACUGGGAAGGCUGCUUGGAAAUAUAUUCUCCAGUUUUUGCAGCAAUCUCUUCAAUCGUGAACAUGAACAUUUUCAAAACGAGGCGUGUUCCCUGGUAAACCUUUUUUUCUGGACAACUGCUAUACUAGAUGACAAGGACACAGCACAAAGUUUCUUUCCAGAAAUUAAUGCAGUGCUUGCAGAGACAGCAUCUUUGAAUGAGUCAACUGGCAUCUCCAUUCUAGACAAUUCACCUUGGUGUUCUGAGGUACUUACAAAGUUUUGUCUUCUUAAAGCAGAGCUUUUCCUUGUGGUGCAAAUCCAUAGCACGAAAAACAAUACUAACACUUCGUCACUUUCCUCCAGUGCGCUUCCCAAUUUUGAACAUACUAGGGAUGCGUGUGAUCAAAUCCGCAUGAGUCUGUGCAUAUAAUCCAAGAAGUUGCCCCAAAAAACGAGAGAAGAUAGGAAUAAGUUGUUGGCGCUCAUUGAAUCAGCGUUCAAGGAGGAAAAAUCUCUAUAUAAGUCAUCUAGGAACGAGAUAAUCACAGCAUCUGCGGUGAAAAACUCACUUCUGAUACUUCAUUUUAGGAUUUCGAUUUCCAAGGAAGAGUCAUUUCUAAUGGAGCUGUUACUACAGAAGAGCGGGAAUGAUGAAAGGCUUAUGGAUCGUUGAAAAGACCAAAUCAAGCUCCACCUUCAGAAGCUCGAGUUUAUUCCACUAAAUCUCUCAGAUAAGAGAAUUAUGGACAAAAAGGAUGCAUUCAAAGCCUUUGUACCAAUUGCCGUAUUUUUUAGGAUGCUGAAAAAGUACGUACUCCAUUGAGCAUCUACCUCAAUUGAAUCAAUUACAUACUGCAUUUUAUAUGCUGAAUCAGUGACUAGAUCAACAAGAUCUUCUAGCUCUGGAUGCUCUUCAAUGUCCAACUCUGAAACAUUCUUGAAAAAAGACAUCAAUGACUUGAGAUGUGUUUGAAUCUCUUCAAUGUGGUGCUUCACCAGUGCUGUUGAGGCAGGAUUAUAUUUCAGCAGCUCCCCAAUGUUUCUCCACAGAUAAUCAAGGAACUUCAGUUUGGAAGUCUUUGGGAAAUUAAACUUUGGAAAUUUAGGAAUAAUCUCUGUGAGCUUUGCCUUGGUUUGCUUCACCUUAUCUAACAGCUCAGAAAAUGAAAGGGUGGUCAUUUCAUCUUGUGUGACAACAAAAUAAUGAGAGAAUACACAGAAAACUUCAGUUUGGAAGUCUUUGGGAAAUUAAACUUUGAAAAUUUAGGAAGUUUAGGAAUAAUCCCUGCCAGCUUUGCCUUGGUUUGCUUCAACUUAUCUAACAGUUCAGAAAUUGAAACCGUGGUCAUUUGAUCUUGUGUGAUAAGGAAAUAAUGAGAGAGAACACAAGAUGAAAUGAUCACGCUUUCAAUUUCAGAGCUGUUAGAUAAGGUGAAGCAACCAAAGCAAAGCUUAUAGAGAUUAUUCCUAAAUUUUCAUAGUUUAAUUCCCAAAGACUUCAAAACUGAAGUUCCCUGAUUUUCUAUGGAGAAACCUUGGGGAGCUGCUGAAUAUAAUCCUGCCUCGACUGCACUGGUGAAGCACCACAUUGAAGAGAUUCAAAUACAUCUCAAGUCAUUGAGGUCUUUUUUUGAGAAUGUUUCAGAGUUGGACAUUGAGGAGCAUCCAGAGCUAGAAGAUCUUGUUGAUCAAGUCACUGAUUCAGCAUAUAAAGUGGAGAACGUAAUUGAUUCAAUUGAGGUUGAUGGUCAAUGGCAGGAUUUCUUCUGGUGGACAAUGUGCUGGAGGAGUUCAGACUUAGCACGAAAGCCAGGGGAAUUCGUUUGACAACCCCUGAUGCGGAAGCCCAAGAUUCCAAGAAAGUCACCCAACAUAUAUUUGGGAGGUUAUCAAGAAACAGUACACCAGCGAUCCAGGAAAUUGUGGUGGAUCUCAGCAACAGAGAAAAAGAAACUAGGAAGAAGAGCUUUGAAGAUGCAGCCAAGGAUUUCUUGAUGGAUUUGAUUGACAGAAGCUUGGUGAUAAUCUCCAGAAGAAGAUCCAACAGCAGGGUUAGAGCUUUUCGCCUCCGUGAUCUUAUCCUUAAUUUCUCAGUUGGAGGCUAUCUGAAAUCCACUCUACAAUCAAUAGCCAGCCUCAGGAAACUGGAAACUCUUAUUGUGAAGGGAUUAAUUCGUAAGAUCAUCUUACCAAAUACUAUUUGGCGCAUCACAAGUUUAAGGUAUCUUCAUGUAACCCUCCACGUUUCUUUCAACUCAGAUGAUGAACAGUUUGGUGAUUGCUUCGUAUUAGAAAAUUUGGGCAGCUUUUCCAGCCCAUCUCUUUCUUGUGGUGAGGAUGCAGAGAGGAUAAUAGAGAAGCUUCCAAAUCUUUGCAAACUUAGUUGCAUAUUCUAUGAUUCUUCCUCGAAUUGCAAUCAGUUUCCAAGAUUGAACUUUCUAACUCAUCUAGAGUCACUCAAGAUAUUCUGCUAUGGGAACCUCUUAACAAUGGCGAGUUCAAUCUCCCAUUGAAUCUAAAGAAAUUGACUUUAUCAAACUCUGUCCUUCCAUGGAGUCACACCUCCACAAGCGGGAAAAUACCAAACCUGGAAGUUCUCAAGUUAUUUUCUGGUGCCUUUGAGGGCAAAAUAUGGGAUGUGGAAGAAGAGUUUCAGAAACUCAAGUUCUUGAGCUUAUACAAACUGAACAUUCCUCAAUGGAAAGCCUCUUCUGAUGAUUUCCCCAAGAUUGAAAGACUCAUCUUACAAAAUUGAAAAGACCUUGAAAAACUUCCGGAGGAUUUUGUGAACAUAUACACAUUGGAGAUGAUUGAAGUGCAUUGGUGAGGAGAAUCUGCAGAAAAGUCAGCAAUUAAGAUUGGGGAAGAAAAUAGGGAAAUCAAAGUCCUUGUUAAGAGUUUACACUUGAGAUGAUGGGCAUGAUUUGGAUCAAGUUACUUUAUCCUUCCUCUGAUCAUUUGUAAGUCUAUUUAAUCAAAUUUCAUCAGCUUAUCCAUUUCUUCAAUUCAUUUCUAAGAAGAUAUGCUCAAAUAUAUAUUUUGUAUCUAAAUCUACUAAUGGACAUAUCACACAUGACUUGCUCAAAGAUGUUAGGAACUUCUAACUGCUGGACAAUGAACUGGAAAAUUUUGUUAAUUCUCGACAAA